UAAAAAUGAUGAUUGAAAUUAAGAGUCUGUCCUUUGACUUAUGCCUUCUCUCUCUCUCUAUAUAUCACCAUAAAUACAAGCUCUUCAGAAUUAUAUCAUCUCUCUCUCUCUUGUAUUACUCUCCAAAACCCAACUCUUGUUUAUUAAACCAAAAAAGAAAAAGUUACUAAGAAGUUCUUAUUCAUCAUCUUCUUCUUAUUAUUAGCUUGGAAAAUUAAACUUCAAAAUAAAAAGAAAAAAACAGAAAUAUGGGAAGAGCUCCUUGUUGUGACAAGGCUAAUGUGAAGAAAGGUCCAUGGUCACCUGAGGAAGAUGCUAAGCUUAAAGAGUACAUAGACAAGUAUGGAACUGGUGGCAAUUGGAUUGCUCUCCCACAGAAAGUUGGCCUGAGAAGAUGUGGGAAGAGUUGCAGACUGAGAUGGCUUAACUAUCUUAGACCCAACAUUAAACAUGGAGAAUUCUCUGAAGAGGAAGAUAAUAUUAUCAUUAACCUCUUUGCCAACAUUGGAAGCAGAUGGUCAAUUAUAGCAGCUCAGUUGCCAGGCAGAACUGACAAUGAUAUAAAGAACUACUGGAACACCAAGCUGAAGAAGAAGCUGAUGAGCAUAAUUAAUCCAACAACACAAGGACUACUACUGAGAAAGCCUCCUCAUCAUCAUCAACCUUCCACUAUCUCAUCUCUUCUUCAACAUUCAUCAUCAACAUCUACAUCCUCAUCUUCAUCAUCACCAUCAUCACUAAUCUGUACUAGCCAAACAGGGUCUUUCACUGGAUUUGAACAGCCCAUAUCAUCAUUCUCACCAACUACUACUAUUCUUAACCAAGAGAGUUACCUUACUCAAAUGCCACCACAUUACCAAGUCAACAGAGAAAGUUUUCAGCAACUCAUGUUUAGUAAUGGUGGUGGUGAAGCCAGUUGCAGCUCUUCAGAUGGAAGCAACAGUUUUUACUAUAAUAAUAAUAAUAAUGGGGUAAAACAAGAGAACCAGGAAGUAGUGAUGAUGAUGUCAAAUGAGGAUAGCAACAACAACACCACCAUUAAUAAUGUUAAUGUUAAUGGAAGUGGUUUGUGGGGUUCUUCUUCAGAGCAGGCUCCAUUAGAGUACUUUGGUCUUGAAGAGAUUAAGCAGUUGAUUAGUACUAGUAGUAAUAAUAAUAAUACCAUUAGUUGCAGCAAUUUUUUGUUUGAUGAAAGCAAGACAGCGGAGGAAAGGGUCUUGUACUACUUCUGAUGCUGACUGUGGGUAAAAUCAAUCAAAAAGAUUUGGAGAAGAGUGGCAAAGGAAGAGGGGUAUGGUUAAAAGAUACUACUAGACUUGGACUUGGGUUUCUUUUUGGGUGGGGGAGGUGGUAGGGGUAGUAGGCUUGGACAUCAUAUACAUAAUUCUGAUGAGUAAACGCUUUUGUUAUUUUAAAUUUUUUGUUUGGACUGUACAUGGUAAAAUGUUUCCUCUCUGUUGCAUUUCUUUUUGGGAAAUGAUGUUGUUUUGAGUACAGUUAACUGCCCCCUUACUCACUCAGACAUAAAUUUCAUGAUAGUCAGAAUAUAUCUCAUCAUCUUUUUCUAUUUUAGAUCAUUUUACAUUUUAUAAGAACUAUGGCUUGGAAUUUAAAACCAAGUAUAUGCACAAUUAUCAAUGUGUUAUUUUUUUCUCCAAUUAGUAAUAUUUUCUUCUAUUACUAU